UCACUUUUCAUAUUGCAGAAUUUGUUCUACAUUUCCCGCUCGGGUUAUUUCUAACCAAAAUAUAAAAUAAUUAAUUGUAGCCUUUAAAUUUAUUCUAGUUAGAUUUUUGAACUGUUUUUAACAUAAUGGAUGACAUUGCAGAGGCCGAUACAUUUAAAAUCCUCCUGGCUACGGACAUACAUUUAGGUUAUGGUGAACAUAUUCCAAACAGAGAAAAUGACACCUUUGUUACAUUUGAGGAAGUCUUAAAUAUUGCUAACAAGGAGCAAGUUGACUUUAUUUUGUUAGGAGGUGAUUUAUUCCACGAGACAAGACCAACCCCUUAUUGUAUUAAUAAAUGUACUGAACUGAUUAGAAAAUAUUGCCUGGGUGACAGAUCGGUAGAAAUAGAAGUUUUAUCGGAUCCCUCUGUAAACUUCCACCGAAAUGCCAGCGUAAAUUACGAAGACCCCAACAUGAACAUCUCAAUUCCUAUUUUUUCGAUUCAUGGCAACCACGAUGACCCUUCUGGUAAAAGACAGAUUUCAGCCUUAGAUCUAAUGGCUUCAAUGGGUCUAGUAAAUUAUUUUGGUCGUUGGGAUGAUGUCACCCACGUCGAAGUUAAUCCCGUUUUGCUAAAGAAAGGCGAAACGCAUUUAGCCUUAUAUGGAAUAUCUCAUAUCAGAGAUGAACGUUUAGGAAGAUUAUUUUUGAAUAACAAAGUUAAAAUGAAAGUGCCAGAAAAUUUAGACGAUUGGUUCAACAUACUAGUUUUACACCAGAACAGAGCUAAGAACCGAGGUGCUAAAAAUUUUAUACCCGAAACUUGCAUUCCUUCGUUUUUUAAUUUAGUUUUCUGGGGUCACGAACACGACUGUCAAAUUAACCCGACUUGCUUGCUGAAUGGCAAAACUUACGUUACGCAACCUGGUAGUACAGUCGCUACAUCUUUAGCAGAGGGUGAAGCAUUGCCUAAGAAAGUCGGGUUGCUUAGAGUUCAUGGACAAAAUUUUAAUAUUACGCCAAUAGAAUUAAACACUGUGAGACCAUUUAUCCAUGGAAUUCUAGUACUGGACCCAGUUCCUCGAGUAGUUGGGAGAGUUCCACUGUCGGAGCAAGCGAAGCAACAGAUUAAAGCAAAAAUAGAAGAGAUGAUUAAUGAAGCAAAAAACUAUGGAAGACGCGGGAACAUGCUACCGUUAAUUAGACUUAUGGUUAAUUAUCACGAUGAACGGCAACUCUUCAACGCAAUUAGAUUCGGACAAGAAUUUGGCGAAAGAGUUGCUAAUCCCGAAGAUGUUAUAAAAUUUGUGUCAAUCAAUAAAAAAACUCGAAGUAGAAGCAGUGGAAUUGGUUUAGAAAUUGAUGAUGACGAAGAAAUUGACGACGAAAUUCAUCGAGUUGAAGAUCUAAUACCAAAGUAUUUUGAUGAGAAUAAUCAGUUAGCGGUAUUGAAUUUAGCGGGUUUAAAUGAAGCAGUGAAGAGAUGCAUAGAUGCUAAUGACGCAGAAGCGCCUUCAUAUAUAACAGACAAUCAAGAGGAAUAUAUGAUUAAGAAGUUAAUUGAAUUACAACCAGAAGAACAUGAAAUUCAAGAAUCUUUAGCACGUCUUCAAGCAGCUAGAAAUGUGGAUGAAUUUAAGCAACUCUUAAAUGAUCCUAAUCGUCCUAAAAGCAAAAAAGUUGAUGAUGUGACUAUAGAUGAUGCUGAUGGUGAUUCUAGCUCGGCUACAUCUCCUAGGCCUGCUAAAGGUCCAGGUUCAAGGGGUGGUCGUGGAUCUAGAGGUGGUAAAGGAUCGCGAGGAGGGCGUGUUAAAACUAAGUGAACUUAUAAGUGCGGUAAUGUUCCUAGGAAGGCUGAUGUAUUUUUUUUUAUUUUGGCGCUUAAAUAAAACUCAAAAAUGAA